UGCAGGCAGGAUGCAGACGCUGGGAAGAGCGAUGAGGAUGGAGGCCCGCGAGGCAGCGCCGCCGGCGGGGGCGGGCGGCUGGAGCAAGUGGGUGAGGCUCAACGUGGGGGGCACUGUGUUCCUGACCACCCGGCAAACGCUGUGCCGCGAGCAGAAGUCCUUCCUCAGCCGCCUGUGCCAGGGGGAAGAGCUGCAGUCUGACCGGGAUGAGACCGGGGCCUACCUCAUCGACCGUGACCCCACGUACUUCGGGCCCAUCCUCAACUUCCUCCGGCAUGGCAAGCUGGUGCUGGACAAGGACAUGGCUGAGGAGGGGGUCCUGGAGGAAGCGGAGUUCUACAACAUCGGCCCGCUGAUCCGGAUCAUCAAAGACCGGAUGGAGGAGAAGGAUUAUACCGUCACACAGGUCCCACCCAAGCACGUGUACCGCGUGCUGCAGUGCCAGGAGGAGGAGCUCACGCAGAUGGUCUCCACCAUGUCCGAUGGCUGGCGCUUCGAGCAGCUCGUGAGCAUCGGCUCCUCCUACAACUACGGCAGCGAGGACCAGGCAGAGUUCCUGUGCGUGGUGUCCAAGGAGCUCUAUAGCUCCCCGCACGGACUGAGCUCCGAGUCCAGCCGCAAAACCAAGCGCGCGGAGGAGCAGCUGGAGGAGCGGCAGCGGCAGGAGGUGGAGGUGGCACAGGUGCAGGUGGAGGUGGAGGCAGAUACGCAGCAGAAAGCCCAGUCAUCUCAGGAUCCCGCUAACCUUUCCUCCCUCUCACCACCGCCUCCUCCUCCUCCGCUUCCCGCCGGAGGUUCCCGUCUGCGCCCCCUCAGACCUGAGGCUGCGCUUGCGGUGAGGGCUUCUCCUGGGCCCCUCGCCCGCCCCCAGAGCUGCCACGCCUGCUGUUACAAGCCAGAGGCACCCGGAUGUGAGGCCCUGGAUCGCCUCCAGGGACUUGGGGUUCCGUUCUGAAAUCCUUUAUUUUUGUACCACGGGGUGGGCCCCCAGCCCGAGGCGGAGGAAGAGCUCUCCCCGCUGUCACCUCUGUCUACACCUGCGGGGCUAUGAUUCACCCCUGCCUCCGGGGGCCGGGUGGGGGCCCACUGGGACCUCGCAAGGCCUGAUGUGGGCCCUGGGACCCCUGGGCGGAGCCGCCUGCGGGUGGUCAAAGUGUGGCACUGUCCAGCUGUGUCUCCCAGGCCCCUACGUCCCCUCCCUCAGGUCCCUCCGCUGCAUGGCAGAUGCGCUCCCCCCGCAGCCCAGUCCCAUCACCUCCUUUGGUCUCCCUGUCUGUCACGUGGGUUCACGUCCUGCCCUACCUACCUCAGGUUUGCUGUGAUUUUAACGAGAGGAGCAAAGGUCCCCGAAAGCCCUCGGGGGGGGGGCACAAGGCGCAGACUCGGACCUGCCCGGCCCAGGAUGGAGAUUGAGGGAUUGGUGGGCGAUGAAGGGCGUGGCGUUAGCGCUGUUGAAGGAGGGGGUGGGUGACUCGGCCUUCACCUUGCCUGCUCCCCGCGCCCCUGCUGUCUGUACUGCCGGCCGCACAGUGCCCUGGCCAGGAGGAAGGGAGGCAUUGGUUCAGCAGGGGCAGCGGGGCCACUCAGGAGCUGGUGACAAGGGAAAGGGAGAGUCUGGGGUGGCAGGCGCUGAGCAAGGGGCCCCUCCUGCAUUUACGGCCUCCCCAGCUGGAUACUUGCUUCCCAGCGGUGUCCAACACCACCGUGUAAUAAAACCUGAAGAAACAGCCAGCCCGGCUGUCUCCCUCUCUUUCUCUGGGCCACGUUUGGGGACAGGUGGUGUAGACAGCCCAAAGGUAAUGGGGCUUUUUCAUAAAGCCCAGGGACCCCGCCCUGUUGUCACUCUCCCGUGUGUGCUGGGGGGGUGCACAUCACGGUUGCAUCCUCUGUCCCGUGGCCGGACACCGAGGGUACCAGCUCUGCCUGGCUGGGUGAACUUUGGAAAGUACCUUCCCCUCUCUGGGCCUCAGUUUCCUCAACAGUAAAGUGACGGGGUGGACCAGGUGACUUCUAAGGCCCCGCCCCCUGGAGUCACGCAGGUCUCUUCCAGCCUCCAGGCAGACCUAGGUUAGCUGGGGUGCUGAGGGCUAGGGAAUUGGGCCUCUGGGAAUCAGAAUACCAGGUCCUCCCAAGCCUGGCUCCCUACGUCCCAAUUCCCAGUCUCACCUCGCCAUUCAGGUAAGGUGCUCUCCUUUCUGGCUUCACCCUACCACCUCAGCUCCUUCCUAACCUAGCAGGACGUCCCCUCUGCUUCCUGCUGUGAUAGCUUCUGGUCACCUCCACCCUCUGCCCCAAGUCCUAGGAAAUACAACCCCCAGUCUCCCCUCCAUCUUCUCUCAGAGUCUGACGGGACCCCCACCCCACCUGGCCAGUUCCUUCACCUCCCAGGUCCUACUGAGUGUCUUCCUGGCUCCCCAGCCCCGCCCCCCAGCAGUUGAGCGCUGCCAGGGGACAUCUCUGCAAAGCAGUGCUCCCCUUGACCGAAGCCUCCCGGGGGGACCUCACCACUCGCCCUGGGGCCACGCGGCUCUCUGAAGUUGACCUCGCUUUUUGUGUCCAGCUUUGCUUGCAAAAGAGUUACCAGGAGCCUUGUUAAAAGGACAGAUUACCCCCUACCCGCUAAUUCCUACUAUGGCCAUGAAUUUGCACUUUAGCAAAGCACCCUCCAGCAGUGUUCUCCCCCUCUGAGAUCCCUGAGGGCCACCCGGGGUAGUCCUGCCCCCACCCCAAAGGUGUCCCCCCAUAGCGGCUGCUCUAUCAUCUCCACAGGCAGGACCCAGCGGGUGGAGGGCUCUCCACACAUGGAUGCCAUG